CUUGUCACGUGGGGGAAUGACGCGCCAAGCCGAGGUCCAUUUCCGUGGUCGCGUCCGAGGUCGGAAAACUUUCAUGACGGUUUCUCAACAUUCCGAGAAUGACAACCGCGCCAUGGAUAUGCCGCACUUGUCUCUCACGCUUUGUUAGGCCAUUGGCAAGAAGCAAUGCUCGCUUUCAGAGCACCCGAUCCUCAAAGGAGACGAUCCCAGCGGGACUCCUUGCACGUGCCCGUAAUAUCGCCAUUGAGCAUAAACAAUUGACAGAGAAGCUUGCAAAUGGCUUUGAUGCGCGUGCGGCGAAGAAAAUUGGCGAAUACAGUCCCAUCGUGGAAGCGUUGAAAGCAUGGGAAAAGGCAAAUGAGUCUGUUGGGGAGCUAACCUCACUUAUCCAUGACCCUGAAACCGAUGCUGAGCUGCGUGAGCUUGCUGCGGAAGACCUAAGUGCAACACGAGCGACCCUCGCGGAUGCGUCUCAGUCUCUCACUACAUCGCUUGUGCCGGUGCAUCCUUUCGCACAUCUACCGUGCUUGAUCGAGAUACGCCCUGGAGCUGGCGGUUCGGAAGCCGCGAUUUUCGCCGGAGACCUCUUGCGCAUGUAUCAGGCGUUUUGCAACCGCAAAGGACUACGAACGAUGCUGCUGAAGUAUGAAAAUAUAAACGGAGGGCAGGAAGCCGGAAUACCAUUAUCAGAAGCCAUUCUCGAAGUUGGCACGGAGAACGCUUAUGGUAUGUUCCGGUGUGAGGCAGGCGUCCAUCGGGUACAGCGGGUGCCUGUAACCGAGUCCAAAGGACGGACACACACAAGUGCGGCUUCUGUGCUUGUCCUUCCAAGUAUAGAGGAGAACACGCUCGGUGAAGAGGACGUGGAUGAUCCGGAGAGCGACUACUAUAUCGACCCGAAGGAAGUGAAGACGGAGGUUAUGAGGGCGCGGGGCGCUGGAGGACAGCAUGUGAACACUACGGAGUCUGCAGUGCGUCUGACACACAUACCCACGAACAUCGUGGUCUCCAUUCAGGAUUCCAGAUCACAGCCCAAAAACAAGGAGAAGGCGUGGCGCUUGCUACGGUCUCGUGUGGCGCAGCUCCGGAGAGAGAAGAGGGAGGAGGAAUUGGCAGCCAUGAAACGCAGCGUGGUGGGGGUGGCGAAGAUGGGUCGCGGCGACAAAGUUAGGACCUACAACUGGGGUCAGCAAAGGGUGACGGAUCAUAGGAGUGGCACCACGGUCCACGAUCUGAACGACGUUAUGGACGGUGGUCAGACCCUCGAGAAAGUCAUGGAGAGCGUGCGCAACUGGCUCAUGGAGCGCGAUGUCGAAGCCCUCCUCGCCGAGGAGUCGUCGAGCAAGACGUGACGGGAACAUCCCCCUUCCAACAAUUCGGACGAACGCGUGGAGCACGGGAGUGACGCUACUAGUCUAAAUUCUGUCAUGAAAAUUCAAUGCUACGCCCGGCUAGUUUCCCUCGCGAAAGGAUUACACCGAGCACUGUUCCUCCUUUCACCCGCGUCUAUACAGUGGACUGACUGAUUUUCUACUCCGCUG